GGUGUAAUGUGCUAUAAGUGAGUACUAGCCUUGUAAUGCCAGAUUAAAUUUAGUGUUUCACUGAGUGUAGCAAGAAAAAGCAUUCAGUCCCUACAAUUAACCUUAGAAAUCUGAAAACAGAAUUACUUGAAUUUAGAGAAAAAUGCAAGUCAGCUUUAGAAUGGAGCUUUCACUGCAAAUUGGGUUCAGCGUGGCAGAAUCCUGCAAACACUGUCCCCACCAAAGGCUUUGUAACCUAAUUCACUGAGAGCAUGAAUUUCCUCUAAAUUACAUCAAAGGACAGUCCUGUGGGUUUGGGUACUGAGAGCUGUUGUGCAGUGAAGUGAGAGUUAGGGCUUCAUGAGGAACAUAGGAUCCAGUAAAAUGAGAAUCCUGGAGUCAGAAUCUACCCCUAAACUAAAGACCAAGCCCAUUUGCAAUGUGUCAGUGUCCCAUUAGAGUUUUACCUGGGAUACUCUGCAAAAUCAUCCAAAAGCAUCACUGAGGAUGAAGGAAUUUUGAGUUUGAACGUGCAAAUGCUGGAUCUGCUUUCAGAACUGACUGGGGAAUUUAUAACUGAUGAAAGAAACCCUUCUAAGGUGCUUCAGAAAGUGAAUGGAAGAUGCCACGUUCCUUUUUGGUGAAGAGCAAAAAGGCUCACACCUAUCACCAGCACCGCUGUGUGGAAGAUGACCUGCCAGUACUCACCUGGGGUCCAGUCACCUCUGCCUUCACUGCCACAGGAGACAGGACGCCAGAGGACAUCAAGAAACAGGACCUGGGAUGUGUGAUUCCAAAACAAGAAAAGGACCCACCUGAACUGAAAGAAGAAAGUGUCCCUGUCCAAUACCUGAGCAGGAUGCUGCCAGGCCCUUCAGCUCAAGAGAUGGCCAUGCCCGGGCUGCAGAUCAAGGACUGCACUAACACAGUGAGCACCCCAACUUUCUACAAGGCUGGCUUUUCCUGGGAUGCUUUCCACAUGCCAUACAGCUACCAGCAGAUGUCUUCCAGCAUGCAGUCAGCCCUGCUGGAGCACCCUGUGAGUCUGUAUGGGAGCCACCUCCUGCCAAGCACUGAGCCCCCCCUGGAUUACAGCCUGCAUUAUUCCUCAGACAUGGAGACCUUCCACUGCCUGAAGUGCAACAAGGUGUUCUCCACUCCCCAUGGGCUGGAGGUCCACGUCCGAAGGUCUCACAGUGGGACCCGUCCCUUUGCUUGUGAAGUGUGUGGCAAAACCUUUGGGCACGCUGUGAGCCUGGAGCAGCACACCAACAUCCACUCCCAGGAAAGAAGCUUUGAGUGCAAGAUGUGUGGGAAGACAUUCAAACGUUCCUCCACCCUCUCCACUCACCUCCUGAUCCACUCGGACACACGGCCCUAUCCCUGCCAGUACUGCGGGAAGCGCUUCCACCAGAAGUCAGACAUGAAGAAGCACACAUACAUCCACACAGGGGAGAAGCCCCACAAAUGCCAGGUGUGUGGCAAAGCCUUCAGCCAGAGCUCCAACCUGAUCACCCACAGCCGCAAACACACCGGCUUCAAACCCUUCAGCUGCGAGCUCUGUGCCAAGGGCUUCCAGCGCAAGGUGGAUCUGCGCAGGCACCGAGAGACCCAGCACAGCCUCAAGUGAUGGCUGGCUCCAGAUCUUUGCUGGAGCUGCCACUUCAUGC